GUGGCGUUCUCCUUCUGAGAGCUCCGUCAUGGAAUAAGACCAGCCUCUCCUCUUUCAGCUCUGCUGUUCUCCUCUUGCUCGACCACUCCAGAAACACAAAGGUGGAGGAAAGAAAAAGAGAAAACGUCCGGGGCUCUCGCCGCAACCACACAGAGAACAGGAUUAUUACUAACAAUCAGAUAAUGAGCUGCUUUGUGGCGGACACAUCGUCAGCCUGAAACAACCGGAGUGAGCGUCGAAAAACACCGAUAAGAUGGCGAACGACUCUCCAGCUAAAAGUCUGGUGGAUAUAGACCUCGCCUCUCUGCGGGACCCUGCUGGCAUCUUUGAGCUGGUGGAGGUGGUCGGUAAUGGCACAUAUGGACAAGUAUAUAAGGGUCGGCAUGUCAAAACUGGACAGUUGGCAGCCAUCAAGGUCAUGGACGUCACAGAGGAUGAAGAGGAAGAAAUCAAGUUGGAGAUUAAUAUGCUGAAGAAAUAUUCCCACCAUCGAAACAUUGCAACCUACUAUGGAGCAUUCAUCAAGAAGAGCCCUCCAGGCCAUGAUGACCAACUCUGGUUGGUGAUGGAGUUCUGUGGUGCUGGCUCAAUCACUGAUCUGGUGAAGAACACUAAAGGAAACUCACUGAAGGAGGACUGGAUUGCAUAUAUCUCUAGAGAGAUUCUCAGGGGACUGGCUCACCUACAUGCCCAUCAUGUCAUUCACAGAGAUAUAAAAGGGCAGAAUGUACUUCUGACUGAAAAUGCAGAGGUCAAAUUGGUGGACUUUGGUGUGAGUGCCCAGCUCGACCGCACCGUUGGCCGUAGGAACACCUUCAUUGGCACACCAUACUGGAUGGCACCUGAAGUCAUUGCCUGUGACGAAAACCCCGAUGCUACCUAUGACUACAGGAGUGAUCUGUGGUCUUGUGGAAUCACAGCUAUAGAGAUGGCUGAGGGAGCACCACCACUGUGCGACAUGCACCCGAUGAGAGCCCUCUUCCUUAUUCCCAGAAACCCUCCGCCUAGACUGAAAUCCAAAAAAUGGUCCAAGAAAUUUUUUAGCUUUAUUGAAGGCUGUCUGGUAAAAAACUACACACAGAGGCCUCCAACAGACCAGCUGCUGAAGCAUCCUUUCAUCAGGGACCAGCCCAACGAGAGACAAGUGCGCAUCCAGCUCAAAGACCACAUCGACCGUACUCGCAAGAAGAGAGGAGAGAAAGAUGAGACUGAGUAUGAAUACAGUGGUAGUGAGGAAGAGGAGGAGGAAACCCCUGAGCAGGAAGGAGAGCCAAGCUCUAUUGUCAAUGUGCCGGGCGAGUCGACCCUGCGGCGGGACUUCAUCCGCCUACAGCAGGAGAACAAGGAGCGUUCUGAGGCGCUGAGGAGGCAGCAGCUCCUACAAGAGCAGCAGCUCCGUGAGCAGGAGGAGUACAAACGCCAACUGCUGGCCGAGAGGCAGAAGCGCAUUGAGCAACAGAAGGAACAAAGGAGAAGGCUCGAGGAGCAACAACGGCGUGAGCGAGAGAUGCGGAGGCAGCAGGAAAGAGAGCAGAGGAGGCGUGAGCAGGAGGAGAAACGGCGCCUGGAAGAGAUGGAGCGCAGGCGUAAAGAAGAGGAGGAACGCAGAAGGGCUGAAGAGGAGAAGAGGAGAGCAGACCGUGAGCAGGAGUACAUCCGUCGUCAGUUGGAGGAAGAGCAAAGGCACUUAGAAAUACUACAACAGCAACUUCUACAUGAGCAGGCCAUGCUACUGGAGUUUAAGUGGAGAGAGCUGGAGGAGCAGAGGCAGGCCGAGAGACUACAAAGACAGUUACAACAGGAGCAGUCUUACCUGCUUUCUCUCCAACAACCGAGAAAUCCCCAACAGCCUCAGCUGCAACAAGCAGACAUGACUAGAAAUCCUCAGCAGACCCCAACUUCAGUUCAGAGGAGCAAAGUUCCGCAGCAGCAGCCUUUGGCUCAAAAGUGCAAAAAAAGUCCACUAAAGCAUCCAGACAAGAACAAAAACCAACAACCUCAUCAUCCAGCACCCCAAGACAGGUCUAGAAUUCCGCAGUUACAGCACUGUGCAGUAGACAGGACCAAAACUCCCCCAUUACCUCUCCAGUCCUCACAGGAAGGAAGCAGGAUUCCUCAGCUGCAGCAGAACUUGAAGGAAAAAAACAGGAUCCUGCAACCUCAGCAGGCCACCCAGGCAGACGAGGCGCUCCCGUUGGAAGCAAACCGUGGAUCCGACUUGCAGCAUAACCAAAUACACAGGAGCCUGGACUCCCAGCCUGAGCAGCCCACCCAGGAUGAGGGUCAAACCAAUCAAGCACUUCCAACAGAAUCUCAAGGCUUUGCCCCCGACUUUAAGCUAGUCCAAGAGGCAGAUGAGCGACACCGCAGGAACGUGCAGGGUUCUCCACAGGCUGCAGGGUCUCAGAAACAGCCCCCUGCCGUGCCACCAAGGGCUGAACCCUUUUCCAAUGGCAACGCCUCCGAGCAGGCCCAGCCUGUAAUGCAUCGGCCUAUGGAACCACAGGUGCAGUGGUCCCAGCUGGCUGCUCUCAAAAGUAGCUCAGUCGCUCCUCACUCCAUCUCUCGCUCACACUCAUUCAGCGACCCUACUACACCACUACCCCACCAGCAAUCUCAUCAGCGCCCUGAACCUCUGGCCCACUCAUGCGAAGAGGAGCCCCCUCUGGUUCCGGUAAGAACAACCUCUAGGUCACCCAUACUCUCUCGCCGAGAAUCCCCCCACCAAGGCAGUGUGCUGCAGGCUCAGAGGAAUUCUGGAAGUAACGCUGAACCACGAUUGCUAUGGGAACGUGUAGAAAGGAAGGGCCCUCGGCCCAGCAGUAGCAGCAGCUCCUCAGGGUCUAGUUCCACCUCCAGCAACUCCAACGGUGGAUCAGGAGAGAGAUUCAGACCACACACCUCUUCUAAAUCUGAGGGUUCCCCGCAGUGGCCGGAGCAUGCAUCCAAAAAAAUUGAGGAGAAGAACGAUUUGGUCCGACCUGGGCAUGUGGUGGCUGAAGUGGAUUUGACAGCACUGGCCAAAGAGUUGCGUGCGGUGGAGGACAUACGGCCACCCCACAAGGUCACGGAUUAUUCCUCCUCUAGCGAUGACUCUGGAACUACUGACGAUGAGGAUGACGAAGAAGUGGAUCAGGAGGGAGGAGAGGAAUCCACUUCAGGCCCAGAGGACUCACGUGGGGGCUCAUCCAGACUAAGCAAUGGUGAGACGGAGUCAGUGAAGACAAUGGUUGUCCAUGAAGAUGAUGCCUCCUCCACCCCAUGCAAAGAUAGCACGCUGGUCAUCCGACAGAGCUCAGGGGAUGUAAAAAAAUGGCCAGUGCCAGGCUCAGGCUUUGGUCUCCCCACUGCUGCAGUCCUGCAAGGGAUCCAGGACCGGAAUGGCUUUCUGGGCCGAAUUCACCUCUUGCCUGACCUGCUCCAGCAGAGUCAGCCCUCGCCCCCUUCUUCCUGCCCCUCUACCCCCUCCUCCUCAUACCACAGCAGCCCUACCUUGUCCCCCCUCAUGCCCCUGGACAGGUCGCCCUGCCCUUUGGAGUCCUCUCUGUGGGAAAGGGUAGUGAUGGUGUCCCAGUCCACCACAAUACAGAAGCACAAGUCCUCCUCGUCCUUCACUCCCUUCAUUGACCCACGCCUGCUCCAGAUCUCUCCGUCUACCGGCAGCUCCCUUAACAAUGUCGGUUACGGGAAUGACGCACGGCUACAGGAGGCCCUGAGGCAGGAUGCAUCUCGUAAGGGCUCCGUGGUUAACGUCAACCCUGUGAACACCAGGCCACAGAGCGACACGCCUGAGAUCCGGAAGUACAAGAAGAGGUUCAACUCAGAAAUCCUGUGUGCUGCUCUCUGGGGUGUGAAUUUGUUGGUUGGCACAGAGAGCGGACUGAUGUUACUUGACCGUAGCGGUCAAGGGAAGGUAUAUCCCCUCAUCAACCGUAGGCGCUUUCAACAAAUGGAUGUCCUGGAAGGCCUUAAUGUGCUUGUGACCAUAUCAGGGAAAAAGAACAAGUUGCGGGUGUACUACCUGUCCUGGCUGAGGAACAAGAUUCUCCACAAUGACCCUGAGGUAGAGAAGAAGCAGGGCUGGACCACUGUAGGGGACCUAGAGGGGUGCGUCCACUACAAAGUCGUGAAGUAUGAGAGGAUCAAGUUCCUGGUUCUUGCUUUGAAAAACUCUGUGGAGGUGUAUGCCUGGGCUCCAAAGCCCUACCAUAAGUUCAUGGCUUUUAAGUCAUUUGGUGACCUGGUACACAAGCCCCUCCUGGUUGACCUGACAGUGGAGGAAGGCCAAAGGUUAAAAGUCAUCUAUGGCUCCUGCUCAGGGUUCCAUGCUGUGGAUGUGGACUCAGGAGCUGUGUAUGACAUCUAUCUGCCUACUCACAUCCAGACAAGUAUUCAGUCCCAUGCCAUCAUCAUUCUGCCAAACACAGAUGGUAUAGAGCUUCUAGUGUGUUAUGAGGACGAGGGGGUGUACGUCAACACAUACGGCCGUAUCACAAAAGAUGUGGUGCUACAGUGGGGAGAGAUGCCUACCUCUGUGGCAUACAUUCGCUCCAACCAGAUUAUGGGCUGGGGAGAAAAGGCCAUUGAGAUUCGUUCGGUAGAGACUGGCCACCUGGAUGGAGUCUUCAUGCAUAAGAGGGCUCAAAGGCUUAAGUUCCUGUGUGAACGGAACGACAAGGUUUUCUUUGCAUCAGUGCGUUCAGGAGGUUCCAGCCAGGUGUACUUUAUGACCCUGGGGCGAACCUCCUUACUCAGCUGGUAAACAACUCCACUGGACCUGGAACGACAAGUCCUCUUCAUGUUGCUAUGAUGUCAGCGUAGAAAAAAAAUACAACCACCGUGAAAUUGAACAACGACUGAAGUUCCCCAGUGUGACGAGCAGAAGCUGUGUUAAAAGAAUGGCUUGCGCCUGCUGUUGCAAGACAAACUGAAAAGCUGUACAGAAAUUUCAACUUAGAUGAUUACACAAAAAGGCAAAAAAAAAAAACAAAAAAAAAAACAGGAGCAUAUGUAAGGGAGAGGAAGCUAGAGAAGCUUGAGCUUACAGUAUUAUUGCUAGUCUGUAUGUUCAUUUUCUAGAAUCUCUGCUUGAUCAACUGAUAGAGUGAAGUUGGCUGCCAUAGCUACAAUGAAAGGAGUGAGGAAGGCAAAAUUGGGCUCUAGUGCUUUUAUUUUUUUGUUUGUUUUUUUUCUUUUCAUUUUACUAAAAAAAAUUCCAGUACGAAAACUGUGAAGUGCAUUCACAUUGUGAACAGAAGUUUUGAGAAUAUUCUAUUGUUGUUGUUGUUGUUGUUGUUAUUAUUGUUAUUAUUAUUAUUAUUAUUAUUACUACUACUAUUAUUAUUAUUAUAAUACACUUAAUAUGUGGAUUGGCAUAUUCUAUUUUUAAUGGUCACAUGUCCCUAGGAUUUUUUUUUUAUUUUACUAAAGCCUAAGGUGCCACCCUAGUUGUUUAAAAAAAAAAAAA